CUUCAGGAACUUGAGCUGUGAUGUGACUCUCUCUGGCCUUGUUCUGUUUCCUGUCAGUAUCUUCACUUCCCCGGAGCAGCCAUCCACGCCGGCUCAUGGUGUUCCCUCGGCGCUGAACACUGGCGGCUCGCUGCCUGACCUCUCCAGCCUCCACUUCCCCUCGCCACUGCCCACGCCACUGGACCAGGACGAACCGGGUUUCCCAGGGUCGUCCUCUUUGAGUGGUGGCAGCAGCACGGGAAACCUGGCCUCCACCCUCACCCAGCUGGGGAUCAACGCCGCCAACGCGCAAGGAGGAAACGGCAGCUUCCACCACCCACCAGGACUCCUGGCAUCGUUACAGAGCACGCUCGGUAACCCCUCCCUGCAGUCAUCACUAAGCAACCCCAACAUCCAGUCAUCACUCAGCAGCCACUCCUUCUCCAACUCCCUUAGCUCCGCCUCCCUGCACUCAUCGCUUAGCAACCCCUCGCUGCAGUCGUCCCUGAGCUCCUCGCCGUCGCUGCCAUCCUCCCUCAGCAGCCAAUCGCUGCACUCGUCUCUCAGUAACUCCUCCCUCCAGUCUGCGUCCAGCGGUAACCCUGGUUACAGCAGCGGCGUGGGCGGCUCUGGCUCCUGCUCCUCCUCCUACUCGCCACUGAUGAGUGGGCAGGGCCAGCCGCAGCUCAGCACGUCGCCGCGCCGCCGCGUCCAGCUGUCCCCGCUCAUCCUGCCGCUGGGCGGCGACUCACGGCGGCAUCACUCCAAACAGUUCUCCCCGACUAUCUCACCCACCCUGUCCUCCAUCACACAGGGCGUCCCGUUGGACACCAGCAGGCUUCCUGUGGAUCAGCGGCUGCCUCCGUACCCGCUCAGCCAGUCCCACCAGCACCAGCCCGGCGCGCAGCAAACGACGCUGCCUCAGCACCACCACCAGCCGCCGCUCCGCCUCCAGCAGCCACGGCCCAGCAGCCAGCAGCAGCUCCACCUGCAGAACAUGCGGAACCAGCACCUGCAGCAGCACUUCGGAGCGCAGAGGCUGAUGGGACCGCAGAUGAGCGCAGCGCCCCCUGUGAAGAGCGAGGGCGUGCCGGAGCAGUGCAUCCAGACCACCUCCUCGUCCUCACUCUGCCACGCCAAACAGGAAGCGGAGCAGCAGAGAGCCGGCCUCCAUCAGCACCAGCAGCACGCCGGCCACAGCCUCCCCGCCGACAUCUACAACGUGAGUGACCUCUGCCGCCAACGCUCGAGUUAAACACAUACACUCGCCUUAAAGUAGGCGGAGCCGGCCGCUGUCCCUGCAGCGUAAUGCUUCGUAAUGCUUCGUUCUGCUGACGCUCAGGUCGCGGCGCCCAUGCACGAGCAGUUCUGAUUGUUUGAGACGUGGAUUUCGGCGUUGUUGUGGUUUUGCUGCGUGUUUGUGGCGGAUGCUGGCGUGUCCCACGUGAUGAUGUCGUCGUUGUUCACGCGGCAGAUAAACUCCUGAGACUCGUCUGUGUCGGGGUCAGAGGUGAGGUCCUCCCACCUGGAUCAGCUGGUCUUCAGCAGUGAUUUCAUCAAAGACGUGUUACCGUGAACACUUUCAGAGCACGCAGACGCGUUUCCAUCUUGACAUUUUUUUGCAGCAGUUUGUGACCUCACGAGGUCAACUGCACUUCCUGGUUCUGAGGAGCAGUUAGAGGCCACGCCCAUCAUCACGCCCAUGACGCUCUACUUGGGGAGACCUGUGGAGCGGGCUCUCAGCCGGGAGGAGGACGCUCCGUCUGUAUUUCGACGGCAACGGCUGUUAAACAAGCACCAAAAUUUCAUCUGUGCGCAGGUCAUAGGGGGAGGAGUCACCUCCACCUGGUUUGAGGUAACGCCGAGGGGUGUGAAGGAGACCAUUCCUCGCUCAGUGUGUUGCUGCUCUGGCCUCAAGGAUGUGAAACAUGCCGGAGGCGCCUGGCUGUGACUCCUGGGAUGUGACUGCAGCACGAGUGUGGUUACUAUAAAGCAAAUAAGCCAAUCAGGAGCGGCGCUCUGAGUGCGUAUCUCGUAGUUCAAAAUCAAAUCAAAUCACUUUUAUUGUCACAUCACAUGUGCAGGUACAUUGGUACAGCACAUGUGAGUGAAAUUCUUGUGUGCGAGCUUCACAAGCAACAGAGUUGUGCAGUUUAGUGUCAGCGAAGGAUUUCUGCUCUGAAAGUUUGUCUUCUGAGUAGGGGUGGGCGAUAUAAACGAUAUACAAUAGAAACUUUAUACAUUUGGCCAACGAUAGAGAUUUUGACUAUACCGCUCUACCACGAUA